UCAGUCCGCUAUCGCGCCGCGACACGGUCGGAUCUCGGUUCGUAACUGUCACGUACACGCACGUACGCGUAUGCACGCGCGCGCGUUAAAUCCUCGCAGGAUAUUCUUCCACGAAUAUACAUUCGCGAAAAAUCGGUAUCGCUGUUCCUUACACUUUUCGACGACUCGAAUCGCGCACUGUUCGCGAACGCGUGUGAAGAAAUCGGCGAAAGAUUCUCGCGUGGGCGAAUUUUAUCCGGGAGUGCGCGAAACGCGUGGAAUAAUCAUCGUUCGACGUCGAGAUAGGUGGUAAACCUGUGUUUUUUACGUGAUUGGAGUAACACUCGAACGACGCUUUUGUAAAGUUAUCGAAGCGUCGAAACGGAGCACGCAGCAACGCGCUCCUAAUCCGCGAAAGAUUUAGUGUUCACGUUGGGUGAAUCCUGCACGUUCGUCACGGUGAGAGUUGUUAACGAAUUACGUGUGAAACAGUGCCGCGAGGUAACUCUUGGAAAACAUUUUUUGCGCCAAAUUGUGCGCGGCGGGGACGCCACUGUUUGCGCGCGAUCGAGGAUCGAAAGCGCGCUGCGAUCUAUCCGCGGUGGAGCAACGCAUACGCAAGAUCGUUUCCGUUCUGGAAUGCUUGCGCGAGGGCGUCGAAUAUGCGAGUUUCGUGUGCCGAGUUAAUCGACGCACGUACGCGUAACCGUCGCGGGUCGCUAUCAAGAGGCUUUCAAUUAAAUCUCCCGCGAGGAAGGUCAAGUACGCCGUGCGAGCGACAUCCAGUUUUCAGUUUUAAUUAAAACACCCCUGGAGGACUCCCAUUAUCGCGCUUGUGUUCGAAAUUAAUUAGCGACGGCGGAGACAGCCGACCGCGCCAGGUGAGCAACGAAGAUUGCGAACGGGCGCUGAGGUGAGAGAACCUGAAACCGAGAAAUGUCGUUGGAUGUCGACGUGACGAUAUAACCCGACGGGGGAGUGCGUUGUCUCGUGUACGGGUUCGAUAUACCAAUCGUCGCGAUAUCGUUACGGAAUCGAUGCCAGAGGGAAGUGGAGAGGAAUAAUAAUAAAACAAUCAAGAUUCUUCUCGUGCAAGAGAAUUAAUAUACAGACGGAAGAAAUAAUUUCGGAGCAAAGGUGGAGCACGUUUGUUCUCAAUCUCUCUCUGAGCAGAAGGAAUACAAAGUGCCCAUAAUAUAAAGGAACGUGGAUAAUACGAUAGACAUCGACGCAACAUUGAACAAAUAAUAGAUAUGUGAUAGAAUCGAGAAUAUAAGAGCGAGGAACAGCAUAUCGCAGCCGGUGUGCCUCGUGUGGUCGAAAUCGCGUGUGCGGGAGCUUAACGAGUCGGGCUCGAUCAGAUUUUCCGUUAAACGGUCGUUCGCGAGUGACAAAUUGUGUCGUUGCGUGCGGAAGCGGCACGUAAGUCCCCGAGAAGGAUAGGCGAGAGGAAAAGAACGUGGAAGUUGGGAAAAAGUUAGCAGCUUUUCCAGUCGUCCUAGCAUCCACCACCGUCACGUUGGAGUGAUGAAAGCGGCGUAGCAACCAGCAAAUAGGCAAGUCCCAACGUCCGAGAGGCACGUAUUAUGUGAGGUGAAACUUGCAACGAGGGAAACGAAGAUGUCCGCCAUCAGCGUAGCUGCAUGGUUGCUCAGCGCCGUCGCUUUCGCCGCGAUUAAUAACGGCGCGCACUGCUACAGCAUGCUCCAUGGAAGCAGCGGGAAAAAUGGCAACUCUAAUCAGAACAGCCUGGACGACAGCAGUGCAAGGACCGGGCCCUACUUCGACGUGUCCGCCUCGAAGAACGUGACCGCUCUUCUAGGCAAGACUACGUACUUGAACUGCCGCGUCAUGAACUUGGGAAACAAGACGAUGACGCUGCAAGUGUCCUGGAUCCGACACAGAGACGUCCACUUGCUCACCCUCGGUCGUUACACGUACACGAACGACCAGCGAUUCAGGGCGAUUCACAAAGCACAAACGGACGACUGGAUGCUUCAAAUCAGGUAUCCGCAGCUUCGGGACUCGGGCAACUACGAGUGCCAGGUCUCCACGACGCCGCACAUGAGCCACAUCGUGCAUCUGAACGUGAUCGAACCAACAACCGAAAUCCUGGGUGCGCCAGAUCUGUACAUCAACCGAGGCAGCACCAUCAACCUGACGUGCGUGGUCCUAGAGAGUCCAGAGCCUCCAGCUUACAUAUUUUGGAAUCACAACGAUGCUAUAAUCAGCUACGACUCCAUCAGAGGCGGCGUAUCCGUGGUCACGGAGAGGGGUGACAGCACCACAAGUUUCCUGCUGGUGCAGGAAGCGAAGCCAUCCGACUCGGGGCGGUACACUUGUAAUCCCAGUAAUGCUCAACCCAAAUCGAUCACCGUGCACGUACUCAAUGGAGAGUAUCCCGCGGCAAUGCAGCACGGCGGCCAAGCCAAGCAACCAAGGCUCUACUCCCUUCUGCUCUGUCUGUGUCUGCUACUUUACUAACUGUCUCAACCCCCUCGCCCAACGCCCCUUCCCCCCUCGGAAGACCACCCUAUCCAUCGAACCAGUCGACGACGGUUAUCGAGGGACUUCCACCGUGAUAUCCACCGAUCGUGGGACGACGAACGCCGUCGUAGAGACUCCUCGGGUUCGCGCGACCAGGGACCAGUGGUGGUGCAGUGACACGGUAAAAAAAAAAAAAAAAAAGAACUCUGGCGACAGGUGCGUCGAGUGAUCGCGCGGACGAGAAAAAGGGUACUCGCGUGCCUCGACGAAACGUCCUCGAACCGAACCUAAACGUAACCGUCAGCGUGGAUCGACGCGAGUGGCCGAGUCGUGAUAACGCGACUGGAUACGCCCUCGUGGCGUUAACGCCGAACGAAGCCGAUCACCACGCGAAACCAGGCCCUGUGGUGAACGUCGACGGUACGUGUUUCGACGGUACAGCGCUCGACGGUGCAACAAAGUGACUGAUCGUGAUCGCAAGCCCCGACACGUGACGGCGGUGCGAGGCAACGUAACGCGGAAAUAAUGCAGCUGGUCGCGAAACGAUUAAACCCGAGCCGGUCGCGGGACAAACGGAAAUUGAGAUGGCGAAAGACGCGGAGCAGGGGU